UCUCUCUCUCUCUAUCUCUCUCUCUCUCCUCUUGAUCAAGGAGGAUUGAUUCUCCACCAUCUCCACAAACACAUCACACUUUUGCAAAAAAAAAAGAAAGAGAUCGAGCUGUGUAAAGAAAACCAACCAUGGUCUUCUCAUCCGCUCCUCUCUAUGUAGAUCCACCCAACUGGAACCAGCAAGGAUCAAAUAACAUCGUCGUUGAUGAAGAAGAUGUUCAUCAGCUUCCACAGUCCCAUGAGGCGGCUGCUUCUGGCCCUGCACCACAUCAAGUGGCAGCAGGAGGAAAUACUUCUCGCCCGGAGCCUGUGGUGGUAUCUAUGGCAGAAAGGGCCAGACUUGCAAAACUCCCCCAGGUUGAGGCCGCCCUCAAGUGCCCCCGCUGCGACUCCACCAACACCAAAUUUUGCUACUUCAACAACUACUCUCUCACCCAACCCCGUCACUUUUGCAAGACUUGCCGCCGCUAUUGGACACGAGGCGGGGCUCUCCGUAGCGUCCCGGUCGGUGGCGGAUGCCGCCGCAACAAGCGUGGAAACAAAUCCUCUUCCUGUAAGCCAUCGGCACCGGCCCCCAUCACUCCAUCUGCUUCCACUUCCUCCGCCGCCGCUGGCGUUUUCCGGACAGCACCACCGCAAUUCCUUGCACCGUGGCACCACCUUCCGGAUUACGGAUUUCCUCAUGGAAUCCAACAACCGAUUGAUCACACGAUGCAAGAGAACAUGGGAUUGGAGCAGUGGAGGAUUCAACAGUUCCCCUUCUUAGGAGGAUUGGUCGAGCCAUCGCUGCCAACGGCAGCGAUGGUUCCAGGGUUAUACCCAUUUGAAGGGGAAUUAGGUGGUGGACAUGGAAAGAUCAUGUCGACAGUGAAGAUGGAAGAGAGCUCACAAGCCGCUGCCGCUGCCGCUGCCACUGCCGCCACUACAGCUGCUAACAUGCCAAGGCAAUUUUUCAACGUGGGGAGAAACGAUGGGCAGAUUUGGCCGGGUGGAGGUGACAGCGGCAGCGGUGAAGGUCAUGGAGGUAGAUGGAUUAGUGGCGAACAUCUUUCCGGGUUCAGUUCUUCUUCUACUGGAAAUUUGUUGUAAAAAGAUGAUUAAUCCAUCAAUCAUUGGUUCAUGCUGAUGUUGAUCAGAGUGGUAACGGUAUGGAACAUGGAAUUUGGGAGCUUGACUUUUGAGAUGGCUUCGAGAAAAUUACGGCGAUAAAUACUUCACAUUUGAUGGGAAGGUGAUGGCUAUAUAGCUACUAGAUUUGGUAGGUUUCUAUUUUCUUUUUGUUCUAGCUAAUUUUGCUUUUUUUUUUUUUAAUCAAUAUGGGUUGGUGUAUUUUCUUCUUUCAUGUUUAUGUUAUCUAGCUUUGUAGUAUGAUGACAUAAAUUGGGUGGUUAAUUUGGUCAUCUGAAUUCGAAGGAGACGCUAAUUAAUGAGAAAUUAAGAACUUUGAUCUGUUUCUCUCUUA